GCCACAAACAAACAAAACAAAAUUUAGAGCUAGCUACCUUCUUAUAUUCUUCUAGAUAUUUUCUUUGGUCUAUAGUCAAUACACAAUUUUCUUCAUAAAUAAUAUGUCUAUGGCACUGGCCAAAGAACAUGACAUUAUGAGUGACCCAAAAAUGGGCUUGGUUGACAAUUAUGAUCAAUAUUAUGAAGGUCAUGAAUUUGGGAUGAAUGAUGAUUCCUCCCCAGAGUUAUAUGGGAUCAAUGAAGAACCUCCAAAGUCAAUUUUUGAAGAAUGUGACCAUUCAGAAAAAACAAGUCCAAAAAUAGCCAAGAAUUUUGCUUUAAGCAGUUCCAAUUCUUCCCUUUCUAGCCCCAGUAGUUCCACUUCCAAUGGCCAUUCUGUUAUUAACUUCAAAGGUGGAUAUGGUAAUUUUAUGCAUUCAGCAAAUGGAUCUUUUUUGAGCUUUGAUCAAAGUGAAAGAUUUUGCCCAAAUCCAAGAAUGAUUAGUGGUAAUCAAGUUGAAGGUUCUGUUUGGGAAGAUAAUAAUUUGCAUUACCAUAACUCCCUUACUCCAAAGGGAAGUAGCAACACUAGUCCUCGAGUGAUUAAUGAGAAUUCCAAUAAUAAUGGUAUGCCAUUUGGAUGGCUAAAUUCUGAAACUAAUGCAAGCACCACUAAUCAUGUUGAGGAAUCAUGUUUCAAUAAGCGCCUCUCCACGGAAGAGAGCAUGCAAACUAAUAAAAAGCAAUGCACUGUGGCUUCAAAGAAGGGGAAAACAAAUAAUAAUUCAAUUGCUACAAAGGAUCCACAGAGUAUUGCAGCCAAGAAUCGUAGAGAAAGGAUCAGUGAGCGUCUUAAGAUACUACAAGAACUUGUUCCCAAUGGUUCCAAGGUUGAUUUGGUCACCAUGUUAGAGAAAGCAAUUGGUUAUGUCAAGUUUCUUCAGUUGCAAGUGAAGGUGUUGGCAACAGAUGAAUUUUGGCCGUCACAAGGUGGAAAAGCUCCCGACAUUUCACAAGUAAAAGAGGCCAUUGAUGCCAUCCUUGCCACUCAACGAGGCAGAAACUCAACCUCCAAGUGAUCGAUGAUCAUGGUAUCUAGCCAGAUUAUAUAUAUAUAUAUUUAAUUGAAGGAACAGGGUUCCAUGAUAAACAAUUAUUGUAGUAUCGCAGAGGUGGCUUCGAAAGGAAAUAAAAUUUCCCUUUGAAGGAUAAAUAUGGUGGUAAAAAUUGGAGCCAUAGUACUACUUAUCGGAGUGUUUCUUUGAUCUACCAUGUAUUAGUUGUGUGAUCAUCUUAUCUAAAAUUGAAAAAAAAAAAUAGAAAAAUGUUCCCUGUUUAGGUUGAUUUUUUUCUUUUGUCAUGCUUUCUCAGUUCAGUGUAAUAUAGGGAAUUUCUUUCUUUUUGUUUUUGUAAUAUAGGAAUCAAAUUUAUUUCUAUGAAAGAAGCUGGCUUUAUUAUCA